AUGGGAAAUCUAUUAUUCACAGAUAAUUCAUCAUCGUCUAAUUCCGAUAAGCAUUGUGAGAAAGUAAAAAAAAAAGGAAAAAAAAAAAAUUAUUCUAGUGAUGAACCUAGAAAAAAAGAUGAUAUAAAAUUAGAAAAAAACGCAAAUGAAAAUAAUUUGGAAUUGUUAAAAACAAAAAAUAGAGCAAAGAGACAUAAUCCAAGCAAUGCCAUAUUAAGAAAUUGUAUUUUUUCUGUAAAAUAUAAAGUGAAAAAUUAUUUUAUACCUAUGAUGUUGGAAUUAAAAAAUACACCUACAUGCGAAAUUGUAGUUAUAGAUGAUUACUGUAAUAUUAUAAAAAAAAUUUUAAUUAAAGAUAUAGAAUUGAUUGAGAAUUCAAUUAACACUAUAGAUAUAUUUUUAAGAAUAAAUGAAGAAUAUACAACACAGGGGAAAUUUAACUUAUGCAGCUUUAUAUUAAAUGACAAUAAUGAUAAAGCAUCUUUUAUUCAUAAUAUAAAAAUGCUAUAUGGUAUAGAUGUAUUAGAAUAUGGGAAAGUGAAGUAUAAUAAGAUAAAUACCCAAGAAGUAGAAGAGAAAUAUAUUUAUGAAAAAAAUAUUUUAGACAAAGAAAAUGAAAAUAAUUUGUAUUGUAUAAUAGAUGAUAUAAAUAAUAAUUUAUAUAAUAAGGAAGACUUAUUUGAACAAAAUAUUGAUAAAGAUAAAAUGAGUGAAACAUUAAAUACAUGCUUAAAAUUAGGAGAAAUACACAAUCCUAUUAUUAUUUUAGGUGACAUGGAAGAUGGUAGUAUUAUAAAAGUAAAGGAAUUGAAUUCUUUAUCUACCUCAAAGAAAAAAAAAAAUAUAUCACAUGAAGAUUUUACACUCAUAGAAUGGUUUUUAUCAAACGAAAUUGGUUCAAAUAAAUGUUUUCGUGAAAGUUCCAUUCAUUGUGGUAAUAAUUUAUUAUUAAAAUCUUUUAUGAUAGGUUACUAUAUAAAAGUUAAAGUUUGUAAAAAUAUAUAUAUUAAUAAUAAGAAAACAUUUGUUACUUCAAUAAGUAUAAAAGGGCCAGUUACAAUUAAUGAUGAUACUGCAAAGCAAGUUUUAAAGCAUUUGUCUAAUGUUAAUGAAUCUAUUCAAAUAUAUUUAUCUUCAUCUGAUAUAUAUAAUAUAUUUUUUUCUUCUAGUGAACCAGAUAAAUAUGUUAUAGGAUUAUUUAUUUUUUAUCCUGCCUAUAUAUUUAUUAUGAGAAAAGGCCUAAGAUUUGCCAUCACUUUAAAUGAAAAAAGUUAUUCAGUAGAUUAUGUAUGGAAUUCCUUUUAUUUAACAAAGAAGGAUGUUUUGUUUGAUAAAUCAUCCAAUUUUAUACCAUCUUAUAUAGAUAUGUCAGAUGUUCAUCUAUAUUUCAUAACUCUCAACAUAAAUGGGGAAAAAAUAAAAUCAAUAAUACGAACCAAUUCGCCCAAGGAGAGGAAUGAAAUAUACGCAACUGUGUUUUUUUAUAAAUAUCAGAAAAAACUUCUUUCUAUGGAUGAAUGGAUAAGAGAUUCAUUAGCUGGAUCAUACAAUAAACUUAAAAAAAGGUUUGAAAAUAUUUUUAUAGAACUAAAAGGAGAAGAAAUAAAGAAAAUAGAUUUAGUUAAUAUAUAUAAUUACGUAUAA